AUGGCUCCUACCUACCCCAUGUUCGACGUCAACAAAACAGGUCACCUGAAGGUCUCCGCAGUCCACAGCCUCUACUGGGAAGACUGCGGCAACCCCUCGGGCGUCCCGGUCGUCUAUCUCCACGGCGGGCCCGGCGGCGGCAUCGAGGACUCGGACAGGCAGUACUUCGACCCCUCGCACUACGAGCGGAGCGUGCUCUUCGACCAGCGCGGCAGCGGCAAGAGCACGCCGCACGCCUCGCUGGAGGACAACACGACCUGGCACCUUGUCGAGGACAUCGAGAAGCUGCGCGAGCACCUCGGCGUCGACCGGUGGAUCGUCUUUGGCGGAUCGUGGGGCUCCACGCUCGCCCUGGCCUACGCGGAGAAGCAUCCUGACCGCUGCCUUGGCCUCAUCGUCAGGGGCAUCUUCACGUUGCGGCGCGAGGAGCUGCUGUGGUAUUAUCAGCAGGGCGCCAACUUUAUCUUCCCCGAGUACUUUGAGCCCUACGCCGCAUGCAUUCCGGAGGAGGAAAGAGGCGACAUGAUGCAGGCGUACUACAAGAGACUCACGGGCGACAAUGAGGAGGAGCAGCUCAAGUGUGCCGACAACUGGAGCCGCUGGGAGGUUUCCACAAGCAGGCUGAUGGUCAAUGCCGACUACAUCGCCAAGGCCGACGAUCCAAAGUGGGCCCUCGCGUUUGCCAGGAUCGAGUCUCACUUCUUCGUCAACGGGGGCUGGAUGAGGGACGGCCAGCUCGUCGACGACGCCCACAAGAUCAAGCACCUGCCUAUCGUCAUUGUACAGGGCCGGUACGAUGUCGUGUGCCCGGCAAAGACGAGCUGGGAUCUGUACAAGGCACUGGGCGGGAAGGAUAACAAGAACGUGGAGUACAAGAUCAUUGGCGAUGCUGGCCAUAGUGCUCACGAGCCAACCAUCGAAGAAGCCCUGGUGGAUGCUGUGGAAAAAUUCAAGUCUAUCAAGGCUUGA